AUGCAUGCCACGACUUAUGCAGGGGUGCUUUGUGCCUUGGCCGCACCAUCAAUGGGCAUGAUACUCGAGAACCUACCGACAGGAGCUCCAAAUGGCUGGACUUUCGCUAAUUCACCUCCAAAAAACUCAACCAUAUCGCUUUCCAUCGCCCUUGGGCGUCAGAACCUGGGCCAGUUGGAAUCGAAACUGACCAGCUUGUCAACACCUGGUUCAGCAGAGUAUGGAAAAUGGCUUGAGAAGCACGAUAUCGAUUCACAAUUCCCCAUUGUUGACAAGGGACCUGUUAUCCAGUGGCUCCAGCAGGCGGAUAUUUCAGAGAUCACCGGUGAUGGUUCCCUGGUCAACUUCACCGGCAGUGUGGACAACGUCAAUCGAUUGCUCAAUGCCAGCUUUGCAUACUACCAGAAUGGUGGAUCAAAGAAGCUGCGCACAACACAGUACUCGAUCCCUGACGAUCUGGACGACUAUAUCGACAUUAUCUCACCUACCGUUUACUUCGGCAAGGUCCGAGGCGCCACCCCAGUGCCCUCGAAGUCGAGGCCACAACAGGCUCAGAAAGUCUCUUCCACGGAGGUCUCUCCAUCAUGCCAGACUUCGAUCACCCCUUCAUGUUUGAAGCAGAUGUACAAUAUUGGCGACUAUGUCCCGGAACCCGCAGCUGGGAGCCGCAUUGGAUUUGGCAGUUUUCUGAACCAGUCUGCUCAAAAGUCCGACCUAGAAGCCUACGAAGCUCUUUUCAACAUCACCUCACAAAGCUUCACCGUUGAGACAAUCAAUGGCGGGAUCGAUAACCAGAAUGCCCCCGGCAGCGAUGUAGGCGAGGCAAACUUGGAUGUUCAGCUCAUCACCGCUAUUGCUCACCCUCUGCCAAUUCGGGAGUUUAUCACCGGCGAUGUUGCGUAUGAUAUCCUUUCGAGCACUCGAGAGAUCGUUUUUCGGCUGACAUUUUGCAGACCCUUUAUCCCAGGUCCCGACGAGCCAACAGAAGCGGAUGCUUCAAAUGAACCAUAUUUGUCGUACUACGAAUAUCUGCUUUCGAGGGACAAUGCCGAUUUGCCCCAGGUCAUCUCCAACUCGUAUGGCGACGAUGAACAAACCGUCCCAGAAAAGUACGCCAAACGAGUUUGCAACUUGAUAGGUUUGAACAGUCUGCGUGGAAUCACUAUCAUCCAAUCUUCUGGCGACGAAGGUAAAGCCAGCUUCUCCCAAACGUCUUUGAAGACACUCAGUAAACUGACAAUCGCAGGUGUCGGCUCAGCUUGCCAAGCGAGUGAUGGAGUCACUCCACAGUUCAAUCCAAUAUUCCCAGCGACCUGCCCCUAUGUAACAGCAGUCGGAGGAACUUCCGACGUUACCCCCGAAGUUGCUUGGAAUGCUUCAUCUGGUGGCUUUUCUGACUACUUCGUCCAGCCGCGGUACCAGAAAUCCGCCGUGGAGGAUUAUUUGACCCAACUCAGCUCGGAGACCAAGGAUUAUUAUUCCAGUUUUGCGGAUUUUGGAGGCCGUGGGUUCCCUGAUGUAUCUGCCCACAGCUUAUACCCCGAUUACGAAGUGAUCAACCUCGGUAAGAAGUCCGCCUCAGGCGGCACAUCUGCUGCUGCUCCUACGUUUGCUGGAAUCAUUGCCCUACUCAAUGAUGCCCGCUUGAGAGCCGGAAAGCCCGUUCUGGGCUUCCUAAACCCGUUGCUUUACUCGCAGGGUCAGAAAACACUCCACGAUAUCAUCGACGGCCACUCUUAUGGAUGUGGGGGCAUUAACCCCCAAACCAACCAGGCCGUCAAUGGCAGUCUGAUCAUCCCCGGUGCUUAUUGGAACGCGACUGAGGGUUGGGACCCGGUGACUGGGCUCGGGACUCCUAACUUCCAGAAGCUGAAAGAUUUGGUGUUGGCGCUUUGA